UCUGAUGCGCAACACCCUCCCCCGAGAUGUCAAAUGCGCGGCGUAGUGAGCGGAGUUCGCACUAGCCCGGACGGCUCUACCAUCGAAGUGGUGUGUUGCGAGCGGGAGAGAGAGAUGACCAGAGCUCCGCGACGCUGGACAGUCAAACAUGGAGCUUUUUAAAACGCUAAUUUCGGUGCUUUGGAUGUUAUUGCUGAAUGGAAACAAGGGCUGUUACGCUGAGGAAGUGGUCCUGCUGAACUCUAAAGAAACUCAGGCAGAGCUCGGCUGGACGUCGUACCCCUCCAAUGGAUGGGAGGAGAUCAGUGGCGUGGAUGAGAAGUACAAGCCCAUCAGGACCUACCAGGUGUGUAACGUGAUGGAGCCGGCGCUGCAGAACAACUGGCUGCAGACGGGCUGGGUGGCGCGGCGCGGCGGCCAGCGCAUCUUCGUGGAGCUGCAGUUCACGCUGCGCGACUGCAACAGCAUCCCGGGCGUGGCGGGCACCUGCAAGGAGACCUUCAACCUGCUCUACGUGGAGUCGGACAAAGACCUGGGCCGGGUGACCCGCGAGGAGCGCUACACCAAGAUCGACACCAUCGCCGCCGACGAGAGCUUCACGCAGGGUGACCUGGGCGAGAGGAAGAUGAAGCUCAACACGGAGGUGCGGGAGAUCGGACACCUGAACCGGAAAGGGUUCCACCUGGCGUUCCAGGACGUGGGGGCGUGCGUGGCCCUGGUGGCGGUGCGGGUGUACUACAAGCGCUGCCUGGCCACGGUGCAGAACCUGGCUGUGUUUUCCGAUACGGUUGCCGAGGCGGCGUUCGCCACCCUGGUGGAAGUCAGGGGAGCCUGCGUCAACAAUUCCGAGGUGGACACGGACAGCCCUCCCAGGAUGCACUGCAGCGCCGAAGGGGAGUGGCUGGUGCCCAUCGGGAAGUGCAGCUGUUCAGCGGGUUACGAGGAGGGCCACAGCAGCUGUGAAGCGUGUCCCCCUGGCUCGUACAAGAUGUCUUCCAGACAGCAGGAGUGUUUUCCGUGCCCGGCCAACAGUGUGGCGGAGGAGGAAGGCUCGGUGGUGUGUGUGUGUGAGGAGGACCACUUCAGGACCCCUCUGGACAACCCCUCGGCCCCCUGCACCCGCCCCCCCUCUCCUCCCAAAGACUUGGUCUACACCCUCAAGCAGUCCACCCUGAUUCUGGAGUGGGGCGCGCCAACGGACACGGGCGGCAGGGGGGACCUGACCUACAGCGUGGGCUGCCGCCGGUGCGUGGGGCUGCAGUGUGAGCCGUGCGGGGCCAGCGUGGGCUUCAUGCCCCAGCAGAGCGGGGUGACCGAGCGCACGGUGACCGUGGUUAACCUCCUGGCCAACUCUAACUACACGUUGACGGUCGAGGCCCUCAACGGAGUGUCGGAGCUCCUGCCCAACAAGAGGUUCUACACACAGGUCAACGUGUCAACUAGCGUGCCAGCGCCCUCUCUUGUGAGUGAGUUUCGUGCGGAGAAGAUUGAGCAGCGCAGCCUCACCCUGGUGUGGAGGGAACCUAGCUACCCCAACAGCAGCCGCACCGAGUACGAGAUCAAGUACUACGAAAAGGAACAGAAGGACAAGAGCUACUCAACGGUCAAGACGGCCGCCACCCGCAUCAGCGUCAACAACCUCAAGGCCGGCACCACCUACGUCUUCCUCAUCCGCCCCUUCUCCACCCCGGCCCCCUCCUCCUCCCUCCUCUCCGCCUCUUCCUCCUCCUCUUCCUCCUCCCCCUCUCCCAUCGACUACGGAGGCUACAGCGCUCCCCUGGAGCUGCAGACGCUUGGUGAAUUGGCGCUGGCGUCCAGUGAGCAGAACCCAGUAAUCAUCAUCGUGGUGGUGUCUGUGGCCGCCCUCAUCAUGCUGCUCUCUAUGGGAGUGGGCCUGCUCCUCUGGAGAAGACAAUGUGGAUACAGCAAGGCCAGUCAAGAGGGAGACGAAGAGCUCUACUUCCAAUUUAAGAUCCCGACCCGGAGGACCUACAUAGACCCAGAGACGUGUGAGGAUCUGGUGCAGGCUGUCCUCACCUUUGCCAAAGAGCUCGACAACUCCAGCAUCAAGAUAGAGAGAAUUGUCCACACAGGUGACUUUGGGGAGGUGUGUCGUGGCUGUCUCAAGCUGCCCAGUAAGCGGGAGCUUCCGGUGGCCAUCAAGACGCUGAGGGCCGGCUGCUCAGAGAAACAGAGGCGCUCCUUCCUCAGCGAGGCCGGGAUACUGGGACAGUUUGACCACUCCAACAUCGUCCGUCUGGAGGGGGUCAUCACCAGCGGUAACACCAUGAUGAUUGUGUUGGAGAGCAUGUCCAAUGGGCCCCUGGACUCCUUCCUCAGGAAGCACGAGGGCCAGCUCUCCGUGCUCCAGUUGAUGGACAUGCUGGGGGGCGUGGCUUCUGGGAUGAAGUACCUGACAGAGAUGGGCUUCGUCCACCGCCGCCUGGCCGCCCACAAGGUACUGGUCAACGCCAGCCUGGGCUGCAAGGUGUCUGGCUUUAGACCCCUCCAAGAGGACAAGAUGGAGGCCAUCUACAGCACAAUGCAUGCGGGGAAGAGUGUGGUGUUGUGGACAGCCCCAGAGGCCAUCCAGUACCACCGUUACAGCUCAGCGUCUGACGUCUGGAGCUUUGGCAUCGUCAUGUGGGAGGUCAUGUCCUACGGAGAGAGACCCUACUGGGACAUGGGCAACCAGGACGUGAUCAAAGCGAUAGAGGAUGGCUUCCGCCUGCCCGCCCCUAUGAACUGUCCACCCCACCUCCACCAGCUGAUGUUGGACUGUUGGCAGAAGGAGAGGACCGAGAGACCCACCUUCAGCCAGAUCCACUCGGCUCUCAGCAAGAGCAUCCGCAGCCCCAACGGCAUCGGCUCCUCCACACUGGCACGCAGAACCCUCCCUCAGCUAGGAACCCUCCCUCUGGGCUCCUCCAUCUCCCUGGCAGAGCGGACUCUUCCGUCGUUCCCCUCGUUUAACUCGGUAGGGGAGUGGUUGGAUGCGGUGGACAUGGGGCGCUACAAGGACAACUUCACCGCGGCAGGAUACUGCUACCUGGAGUCUGUGGCCCGUAUGACAGUCCAAGAUGUAUUGAGUCUAGGCAUCACCUCUCUGGAGCACCAGAAACAGAUCCUGUCUGCCAUCCAGACCCUUAGAGCCCAGGUCAUCCAGAUGCACGGCAGAGGGGUGCAGGUCUGACACACACAUACACACACGUGCAAAUGGACGGACGGAUAGAAGGAUUUUCACAGAGGAGCGACUCGUCUCUCAUCCAGAUGGACAACAUGAAGUGGAUAGAGAGAUCGGCAGAGAUAUCGCCACACUGCACCCACUCACUCUUCCUCCUCCUCCCUCUCUCUAAGUCCUUGGGAGCGAGGCAUCUUCCAGUCAUGUGAUCAGCGUACUUUGUCGAAAGUCAUAUGACUUUUGUCUGCACGCUGACCCAAAUUGACUGGAUGUCCGCUCUGACAACAGGCCCUGGAUCAGUAGGUACAGAGACUUAAAACUACCCGGAUAGAGAAGUACUGUCCACCUAAAAUGUCUGGCACUGCUCUCAAAAUAUGGGGUAAUUACAUUUCCUUGAUGGAGAAGAACUGUCCCCUCAAGCAGAGUGAUACUCUACUGAACCACUUGUCUCAGAACUGAGGUUAAAACCACCCUGGUUGAGAAGUACUGUCCAUUGCAGGGCUGCCCCUCUACCACUGGUCUCAGAACAGUGGGAUAAGGCACUAAUGGCGAAAGUUCUGUCUGUCGAACAGGGCUAAAAUGAUAAAACUGGUCUCAGUUCAAUGGUUAAAACAUUACUGUUCCGGCCGCUGAAGUGCGAUCGAGUGACUGGUUCCCACAGUGUGGGCGGAGCCCAGGCCGUGUCAAGUCGUACGUCGCCCGACCAAUCAUGAGGCUGGAAAAAGACUUACCUUCAGAAGGAAACUACUGAUUAAAAAACGAAAACUAGAAAACUGUAAAUCGAAACAAAGGAUUUCCGUGUGUUUGAUUGAUUGUUAAUUUCUAUUUAGUCUGUUACACAAUUUGUCUUUUUUAAAAGUUUUUCCGUUAACCGUCUCUGCUCUCCCGGUGUUUUCUCAGUGUGUGGAAUGGCUAAUGUCCCUUAGCCGGGAUGUCAGUGGUAUCAUGUAGCGUCUCGCUAAUAUAUUUCUCCUGUCUAAAAAGCAUUUUCCUUACAUGGGUAUAUUGCACUGUUGAGAAUAAAGGUCAAGUCUCAAGCUGACGUAUCUGAAAUGUAUUCAUAUUUAUAUGUGUUUCCAGUUUACAGACUCUCACACAACCUGACGGGAAGAGGUUACGAGGGUCAUACUUCAUUUUUUUAUUACUAAAUAAUUUGUGUCAUUUUGUGUUUAAGGAUGCUGCAAAGCACAUGUCCUUUGGUGUCAAGCAUAUCCCUUCCUAGCCGUUCUGUUUCUUUUGAUUACAGUGUGUAUCAUAAAGUUUUCUUUAUUUUUUCUAGUUAGAGGGAUUCUGUUACUGAAUAAAGGUGUUCUGAACCAGAAGAAGAUACUAUGAAGAGGACUUACACUAUAGUAUGUUGACUUUUUUCUUCUCCAGACAGGGGUGUAGAAUCAUUUUGAUACAGUCAACAAAUCUACAGUAGUUGAUAUAGGACUUAUACAUUUUGAGUCCAGUGUCGCUGGAUGUAUGGUAUCGAUGUGUUGCAGUAUUGCAGUAUUUCAGAAUGUCGUAGAGUGAUCAUGUAUGUUUUUUUUCCGGGCCAGCAAUUCAAGCUGUCAUGCAUAGGGCCCUGUGUUUUGGUUAAUCAUGUCACAUGACCUGGAUUUGAACCUUUUUGUUUAAAGCUUUUUCAUCAAACUGUUCCUUUCUUUUUAUGUCAGAUGGUCCAAGCGCCAUCCUCAGACAAUUGCUUACAUUUUUGGUCUAAUUCUCAUUUCUGGAAAAUGCUUAAAAUCAAGGUUAAGUGGUUAACCAAAACACAGGGCUAUACAUCAUGGUUGUACACUUAACAUGUUCUAAAUGUUCCUACAAAUCCCACAACCCCCCACUGUGCAGUCACAAGCCACUCCCAUUUGUUAUUAUUAUGUAUUUUUCAAAACAGGUAACAUUUAAUCGUAGGUAACAUGUUAUGAGGCAUUUUUUGAUUUAUAUCAUACUCUUGUAGCUCGCUGCAGUGCAUUCGGAAAGUAUUCAGACCCCUUCACUUCUUCCAAACUUUGUUACGUUACAGCCUUAUUUUAAAAUACUUUCUACAAAACUACAAAUUUAUAAAAAAUGAAAAAGAUACCAUAUUUACGCAAGUAUACAGAUCCUUUGCUAUCAGACUUAAAAUUGAACUCAGGUACACCCUGUUUCCACUGAUCAUUCUUGAUGGUCCUACAACUUGAUUGGGGUCCACCUGUGGUAAAUUCAAUUGAUUGGACAUGAUUUGGAAAGUAACACACCUGCCUAUAUAAGGUCCCACAGUU